UUUUAAUUACUUUUCCAUUAUUUAGAAGUUCAUACUUGACCCUUUCUUUUUAUCCAGAUAAUAUACUAGGUGUACUCAUAACACAGAGAGGUUCGUUGUGAUACAUCUUCUCAAAACAAGCCUAGUGAGUUCAUACUCAUAACAUUGAUGGUAUGAGUUCUGUGAUGCUUGCUCCUAGGAUUUAGGGUUACAACCCCAUCAGGUGUGGCAUAUGCAUAUUCCUUCUUUAGCAUUUAAGAAGAAAAUAUAUAGAAAUAUUUCAUUUUCAUUCCUGUAUUGAAGUGUUUGGAAGGAAAUACACUCCGUCUCUUCCAAUUGUUUUCCAUCGUCUUCCAGAUGUUCAGUCAGGAGUAUGGGAAGAUUAUCCUUGGAUCUCUGGAGAAUCUUAAAUGUUGCUCUUUUUCCUGCAUUAGAUCCAUAUUGUGAAUCACAUAUCAAAAAAGUAUAACGAAAUCUUAGAAGGAAAUAAAAGAAUAUAGAAGUGACAAAACAGAUUAGAGAAGUUAUGUUUGUAGAAAGAAUUACUAGUUAAUAAUGUCACAUUUUUAAUAUGGAUAAAAUGUUUCUAUCAUGAGCAAGAGCUUGAGUUGGAAUAUAUGAUUUGACACAUUUUCUAGUUAGAAUCAAUGCAAUGCAUGCACUGUAUUUGGGGCAUGGAAUUUUCUUUUCUGUGCUCCCUGGAUUUUCAUCCAGGGUAAUCUGGCAAACUAAACUUGGUAGUUCAAUGUUUAACCUGAAUUUAAAGAACACCUUUGCCUACAACAAACAAUAUUCUGAAUAUAAUGGUUACCACUUAUUUUGUGGUUAAUCCCACAAAUGUCUCGCAGUCUCCCAUCUAUAUAUAGAUAGAGCAAAUAUAAAGCCCCAAAUACCCUAAAAGCCAGAGAUCCUGUCUGGUUUGGAAGCUAAGCUGGAUCAGUCCUAGUGAAUACUUGGAUAGGAGACUACCAAGAAAUAUAGAUGUAGGCUAUAUUUCAGAGGAAGAAAGGGGCAAAUCCAUCUCUGAAUAUUGUACAGCUAAGAAAAUCCUGUGAAAUGUAUGGGGUCACCAUAGGUUGACAGGUAACCUGAAGGCAUACACAGAGACCUCGUUGACCAUCCAGUCCAACCCCCUGCCAAGAAGCAGGAAAAUUGCAUUCAAAGCACCCCAGACAGAUGGCCAUCCCAUCUCUGUUUAAAAGCUCCUAAAGAAGGAGCCUCCACCACACACACACACACACACACACAUGUUCUAUAAAACAAGAUUUAGUACCAUCCAGAUUGUCACUUGCAGUCUAAGGUGGUUGUCUUGACACAGUACACUUCAAGUGGCAGUAAAGAAAUCUAGUAAACUAUUCGAAUUUGAAUCUUUUCAUUGGAAAGCUUUUAUUCUGAACCAAGUCGCUGGGACUUUUAAACGUCACAUUAUGAAUGUUAAUCAUUCCCCUAAUGUGGUAUAUAAACUGGAAACCAGAUCAAGUCACAUGUUCCUGAUUACAAGGUGAUAGUCUCAUCAGUUUAAUUGCAGUGCAAAUACUUCACCAGUGUUUUCAGAGUCCAUCUCUUUCCUCUCUCCCAUUAAAAGCCUUUAAGUGUAAGCACAUGGAAAUUUGUAAUAAUUGCUUUUCAGCAUUGUUUCCAUUUGCUGCUAGGGCUAAGCAUGCUUUAUCUGAUUGUGAGGUAGAUGGAAACUUCAGUCUGAAGUCCCCUUACUGAAGGCUUCAGAAAUGUUAUUUUUUCGUGAUGAAGAUGAAGUCCCAGAAAUCGUGGAUUGAGGGAGUCUUCAAUAAAAGAGAGUGUGCAAGAAUUGUACCAAGUUCCAAAGAUCCUCACAGGUGUCCUGCAGGGUGUCAAGUAUGUCAGAACUUAAUCCGAUGUUGUUGUGGCCGGCUAAUUGGUGACCAUUCAGGAAUAGAUUAUAGUUGGCCUCUGUUUCAGUCUGAGAAGGGAAAAGAGAAUGAAAAAUGGUCUGUCCAAAAGGAUACAAAGACGAGCCCAACGGAUGCAUUUGGCACUAUCAAUUUUCAAGAUGGUGAUCAUACUUACCAUUCCAAGUACAUCAGAGCUUCCUGUGAUACAAAAUUGGACCAGUUAUUGCAGCUCAUGGUAAAAGAAUGGCAGAUGGAAUUGCCAAAACUGGUCAUUUCUGUUCACGGUGGCAUCCAGAACUUCAAACUUCCUGCUAAACUUAAGCAACUUUUUAGCAAAGGUUUAGUCAAAGCUGCUGAGACUACAGGAGCAUGGAUCCUGACAGAAGGCAUCAAUGCUGGUGUGUCCAAGCAUGUGGGAGAUGCAUUGAAAAUCCAUGCUUCUCAGUAUUUAAGUAAGAUCUGCACAGUUGGAAUCCCCCCUUGGGGUAUAAUUGAGAACCAAAGAGAUCUCAUUGGAAAAGAUGUAGUCUGCCUGUAUCAGACGCUGGGCAACCCUCUAAGCAAGCUGAGUACCCUCAACAGCAUGCAUUCCCAUUUUAUACUGGUUGAUGAUGGCACAGUGGGCAAGUAUGGCAAUGAGAUGAAACUGAGGAGAAAUCUGGAAAAGUACCUGUCUCUUCAGAAAAUACACACUAGAAUGGGACAAGGAGUGCCUUUGGUUGGGCUGGUAGUUGAAGGUGGUCCAAACGAGAUCUUGACAGUGUGGGAAUAUGUGAGGGACAAACCUGCCAUCCCUGUAGUAGUAUAUGAGGGAACUGGAAGAGCAGCUGACCUCCUUGCUUUUACCCACAAACACACAGCAGAUGUGACGAAUCUGAGCCCCCAACUUAAAGAACAGAUCUUAUUGAUGAUUCAGAAUAUGUUCAGUUUUAAUCAGAAACAAUCUCAUCAUCUGUUUAAAAUUUUAAUGGAGUGUAUGGAAUACAGGGAUUCUAUAACAAUAUUUGAUGCAGAGUCAGAGGAACAUCAAGACAUUGAUCUGGCCAUCCUGAUUGCACUCUUAAAAGGGACAAAUAUGUCAGCCCCAGAUCAACUAAAUCUGGCACUGGCCUGGAACAGACUGGACAUUGCUAAGAAGCAUAUAUUGGUUUAUGGACAGCACUGGAAGGUUGGUUCCUUAGAGCAAGCCAUGCUAGAUGCUUUGGUAAUGGAUCGUGUAGAAUUUGUGAAGCUGCUAAUAGAAUAUGGUGUGAACCCCCAUCGUUUUCUUACCAUAGGCCGACUAGAGGAACUGUACAAUACAAAACAAGGACCAACAAAUCUUCUUCUGCGUCACCUUGUUUGUGAUGUAAAACAGAGUACACUUCCAGUGGACUACAAAAUAUCACUGAUAGACAUCGGGCUGGUAAUAGAAUAUUUGAUUGGUGGAGCCUAUCAGAGCAGCUAUACAAGAAAACAUUUCAGAGUCCUGUACAACAGCCUAUACAGGAAACACAAGAGAGCUGUCACCAGUUUGGCCCAGAAUUUCUCCCUCCACCAGCUUAAUCAGAUGGGGAGUCGAGCUGGAUCUGCUGAAAACACCUUGCAUUCCCAGUUCUUCAGAACAGCACAGCCAUACAAAUAUAAAGAAAAAUCAGCUGUUCUUCAGAAGACCCGGAAGAAGCUAAAAGAUGAAUUUACUGUCUCUGAUGACCAAGAGUCUGUUGGCUUUAUUUACCCAUAUAAUGACCUCUUGGUUUGGGCAGUAUUGAUGAAAAGGCAGAAGAUGGCUAUGUUCUUCUGGCAACAUGGAAAGGAAGCUAUGGUUAAAGCAGUGGUAGCUUGCAAACUGUACAGAGCCAUGGCCCAUGAAGCAAAGGAAAGCAAUAUGGAAGAUGAUACAUCAGAAGAGCUGAAGAAGUAUUCAAAUGAAUUUGGACAGCUGGCUCUGGAUGUGCUGGAUAAUGCAUUCAAACAAAAUGAGCAGAUGGCCAUGAAGCUGCUGACUUAUGAGCUGAAGAACUGGAGUAACUCAACAUGCCUGAAACUGGCUGUGUCAGUGGGUUUGCGACCCUUUGUGUCUCACACAUGCACACAGAUGCUGUUGAGUGAUAUGUGGAUGGGUCGCUUGAAAAUGAGGAAGAACUCUUGGUUUAAGGUGAUUCUAAGUAUUCUUCUGCCUCCUACUAUCUUGAUGCUGGAGUUCAAAACCAAGGCUGAAAUGUCCCAUGUGCCUCAGUCACAGGACUUCCACCAGUUCACAUGGUAUCAUGGAGAUCCCAGCACAAGCACUGUUAAAGAAGACUUCUCACAGAACAAUUAUGAUUUAGAGAAAGGAACUGAGAAGCAAGAUGAAAGACAGACAUCCUCCACCAACAACGAGCAGGGAACCCUUCCUUGGACCAGGAAAGUCUAUGAAUUCUACAGUGCUCCGAUUGUCAAGUUCUGGUUUCAUACGAUGGCCUAUUUAGCAUUUCUCAUGCUAUUCACUUACAUUGUCUUGGUGGAGAUGAAACCAACACCCAUUGUGCCAGAGUGGCUUGUGAUCAUCUACAUUUUCACCACCUCCAUUGAGAAAGUCAGAGAGAUAUUUAUUUCAGAGCCAGGGAAGUUCAGCCAAAAGGUGAAAGUGUGGAUUUAUGAGUACUGGAAUUUUACAGAUUCUGUUGCUAUCAUCUUGUUCAUGAUUGGUUUUGGCUUGCGCUGGGCUGAUCUCCCCCUUCAAACGGUGGGAAGGUUAAUAUACUGCCUCGAUAUAAUAUUCUGGUAUACCAGGCUCCUUGAUUUCUUUGCUGUGAAUCAGCAUGCAGGCCCAUAUCUGACCAUGGUUGGGAAGAUGACAGCAAAUAUGUUUUAUAUUGUGAUUAUGAUGGCCAUAGUAUUGCUGAGUUUUGGAGUUUCUAGAAAAGCAAUACUUUCACCACAUGAACAACCAUCGUGGACUCUUGCACGUGACAUCGUAUUCCAACCUUAUUGGAUGAUGUUUGGGGAAGUAUAUGCAGCAGAAAUAGAUUCUUGUGAAUCAAACCCAGACUGUCCUCCAGGUUCCUUUCUUACACCUUUUCUUCAAGCUGUCUACCUCUUUGUACAGUAUAUCAUCAUGGUCAAUCUGCUGAUUGCUUUCUUCAAUAAUGUUUAUUUUGACAUGAAGUCCAUAUCGGACAAACUCUGGAAAUACAACCGUUACCGCUAUAUCAUGAUGUAUCAUGAAAAACCAUGGCUGCCACCCCCUUUCAUCAUUCUCAACCACAUUGGCAUCCUCAUAAAUUGUCUCUGCCAUCACCACCAUCGGUUGCCAAGUGAACUGGAUCAAGAAGAGGGUCAUGUUGAACUGAAGCUGUACCUGAGUGAUGAGGAGUUAAAGAAACUUCAUGACUUUGAAGAACAAUGUGUGGAAAUGUACCUUCAUGAGAAGAAUGAAAGCUUUCACUCCAGUGACAGUGAAAGGAUCCGAGUUACAGCUGAAAGAGUUGAAGACAUGUUUUCACAGUUGAAGGAGGUGCAUGAGAAAGUGGUUUUCAUCAAAGAUGCUUUGCUUGGCCUGGACAGCCAACUAGGACACUUACAAGACCUCUCGGUUUUAACUGUUGAUACCUUGAAAGUCAUUUCAGCUGUGGACACUUUGCAAGUAGAAGAGGCCCUCCUUGUGGAUAAAAAGCGUGUCACCUACACAAAGCUUCCCCAUAGUUGGAGCAAUGCUAUGCAUUCAGAGGUUUUGAGAAGCAUGGACAAUGUGAGUGACAAGAAGUACAAUUACUAUAGCAUGCCACCUUCUCUGCAAAAAAACUUGGUAAGGAGUCACCAUCGUGUUCUGGGUGCCAUAGAUUACAGUGAGGUCAAAUCAAUUGACAAACGUGAUGAACAAGAGACUAAAAGUGAUACCCACAUCUCUGAGGUUCCUUCAGAGAGUAAAUCCACAUUUAGAUUUGGACAGUUUCUUCUGGUUCCCUCUAGUCAACAAGAGACCUCUGAAGAUGCUGGCUUAAGUUUGGUCCUUUCAGGUUCUCUGAAUGAACUCCAGGACGGUGGACUGAAAGCUAAGUCCUCAAACCAGUGUGACCAACCAAAUGUACACAUUGUUGAUGUUGAGGUGGAAAGAAAGAUCACUCAAUGUCAGGAACUGGAACUUUUGCCAACCAAGAUAGUUGAUGAGAACCCCACUGAAAACUGUAUGGCUGUAGAAACGUCUGGCAGCACCCAUGAAAUCUCUCAACCUUUUCAAAAUGAUCAGGAAGAGCCUGAAGGAGGUUAUGUGAAUUGGGGGUUCUCGGAAGAUGAAGAUAAAUGCUUUUUUAACAAGUCAAAACAGCAGUCAUGCAUCUCUCCCACCAACUCCAGUUCUGCUCCUCAUCAUGUGCAGAUAAAAGAAUCCAGUUCUGACAAGUCAGGAUACAGUAGUGACAGCUCCCAGUCUCACCUCCCACUCCACCACAGCAGCACAUCACUCUGGAUCAAUCCACUUAGGAAAAACUAUUUUUUCAACAAAGCCUUUCGCUCCCAGAAUGCAGAGAAAAUGGAGGACGCCUACAAAAUAAAAGAGCUAUCAAAGUCUACUGAGUUACGUCGAACAGUGUGGGCAAAAACAAAACCUGGAUACAAAGGAAGGAAGUCUUUAAAAAAGAAACAAAAAACUCUUCAGGUGCCAGUGAUCACAGUAGACAGUUGUCCACAGAGUACCCAAAUCAGUUCAGAGCCACUGGAGAUCCAAACGUUAGGAAAUAAGCGGGAACACAGAACCAACUGGCCAGCUGUGUCUCACUUCAGUCAGCUAAGUUUGGAUCAUAUCAGUAGUAUUCAUGAGGAAGUGAAAAAUCAAGAAACAGUGAGACACACAGUACAGAUUUGUGACUACUUGAGACAGUCGCAAGAGGAUUUAAAUAACAGCAUGACUUGGACCAGGAAAAACAGGAUGAAUAAUUUGAGUAGAAGCCAUUCGUUGAAAAGUUCAGAUGGAAUGGACACAAUCUCAUUGUCCUUAAAACCCCUUCAAGAUCUGCACCAUCAUUACUCAGCGGUGGAAAGAAACAAUUUAAUGAGACUGGCACAAACAAUACCUUUUACACCCGUGCAGCUUUUUUCUGGAGAAGAAGUGUCAGUCUAUCGAUUAGAAGAAAGUUCACCUUUGAACCUUGAUAAGAGCAUGUCUUCCUGGUCACAGCGUGGCAUGGCUGCGAUGAUCCAGGUUUUGUCUCGGGAGGAGAUGGACGGAGGCCUGCGGAAGGCUAUGAAGGUGAUGUGCACCUGGUCUGAGAAUGCUGUGCUCAAGCAAGGCCAGGUCUUCAUUGUAAAGUCUUUUCUUCCUGAGGUAGUUCAGGCUUGGCAAAAGGUCUUCCAUGAAGGCACGGUGCUCCAUCUCUGCCUCAGGGAAAUACAACAGCAAAGGGCAGCUCAGAAGUUGAUCUACACUUUCAAUCAAGUGAAGCCACAUUCCAUUCCAUAUAUUCCAAGGUUUCUGGAGGUCUUCUUAAUUUAUUGUCAUUCAGCCAAUCAGUGGCUCACGAUAGAAAAGUACAUGACGGGAGAGUUUCGCAAGUAUAAUAAUAACAAUGGUGAUGAAAUCACACCAAGCAAUCUGCUGGAAGAAAUUAUGUUGGCUUUUUCUCACUGGACUUAUGAAUAUACGCGGGGAGAGCUCCUGGUACUGGACUUGCAAGGUGUUGGAGAGAACCUUACAGACCCAUCUGUCAUUAAGCCUGAAGACAAGCAAUCUAGAGGGAUGGCUUUUGGACCAGCAAACCUUGGAGAGAACGCAAUCAAAAACUUUAUUUCAAAGCACUGCUGUAACUCUUGUUGCAGGAAACUGAGGCUUCCUGAUCUGAAAAGAAAUGACUACACACCUGGGAGGCUCAAUCCUGCCUUUGAAGCUGAAACCGAGGCAAUGGCAGCAGCAGGAGAUGAGACUGUUAACAAUUGCAGAGAUGAACCUGUGGAAUUUUGUACCCGAUUGUAAUGCAAGGGGUUAGCAGGCCGGUUCUAGCUUUCUGAGAGCCUGAAUCAUACCUUAUAUUCAAUCUAUGUGAGGGAAGAAACUUGAGGUACCCAAAUACUUCCACCAGCCAUUGAUUUGUAGAUAAAGAAUAUGUAUAUGAGUGUGUGAACAAACCUCCAG